CUUUAUUCUUUCCUAUUCCUUUGCUGCCAAUUUUCACCACUCAUCUCUCUCGACUCCCACCACCACCUUCUUCAUUCCACCGUCGCACCUUCAAACAGAACAACCAAUCUAUAUCGGAAGGUUGCUGCGUCAUUUGUGAAAAUGAGUUGGGACAUGGAGCUAGAUAGUCUAUUUGAGAAUGUAAGUGACUCUCCAUUGUCGGGACGAAAUAAUCUCGAGCCUUGGGAAAACUGGAGAGGUGAUGAUGGCAGAGAAGCUUUGAAAGUGCCAGAUUCACGUCAGGAUGUCGUUGAGACGUCUAGUUCUAGCUCCUUUGGUGAUACAGCUGCUGCUGCUUCCUUCGGUGAACCAGAAGUCGAAUCACGAAUGUUUGAUGACGGGCACGAGCCACUUCAUCGAAGAAAGAAAAGGGAGACAACAGCUCAUUGGAGGAGGUUCAUAAGUCCUGUUGUGUCGCGGUGUAAGUGGGUUGAGUUGCAACUGAAACAACUCAAGUCUCAAGAACGCAAAUAUGCUAAAGAGCUUGCGGCACUUGAUUAUACACAGGAUAUAAAUAAAGACAUGAAGAGGAAAAAACGAAAAAAAGUUGAAGAGAAUUGCGAUUUAGCAUCAUACAUGUCUAACCAUACCUUAUUCUCCUACUAUGAGAAAGCCGAUUGUAAUGUUGAUGCUGGUUUGGAAGAUUGUCAUGAAGUUGUCAAAGGUGGUGACAGUGAAAAAUCAGUAGAGUUCAAGUCGAAUGAUUUAUGGGCUUCUUUUGGUAAUUAUGGUAUCGAUAAAUCCUGGGACGAUGCCAUUCAAAAGAUUAUAGCUUUAGAGUCUCAACUUGAAAUUUUGAAAUCUAGACAUGACAAGGUGAUCAGUGAAAAUCAAGGAAGGUUUUGUUCUGUAAACCAAUCAAGCAUACUUGAACCAUCUGAUGGAUAUAAUCAUCCCGAUAUAAACCCUGAUUCUUUUACGGGAAAUGCAUCAUCAGGUGAUGAAGCCACUAUUCGGCCUCAAAUGGAUGUUCCACGGGACAAUAUCAAUGUUGAAGAUCUCACACAGAAUCAUCAGGUAGUUACAGAAGAGUUCCAUGAAUUAGAAAAUGUUGGAAAUCAACUUGUCAAACAAAUCGAAUCAUUUGGAGAGAUUAAAGAGAUUUUAAAGUUUCAAGGUUCAGAAUCCGAGCACAAUGUUGAUGUGCGAUCACGUUCUACAUUAAAAUCAAAGAUCCCUAGACAUGAAAGGAAAAGAGAAAAGUCAAAGAUCCCUAGACAUGAAAGGAAAAGAGAAAAGAAAUCUGGUUCAAAGAGGUCAAGGAGAUCUGGAUAAACUGGAUCUCAUUCGAAAAUGGAAGCUGCUUCUGUUGGAAGCAAAUUGAUCUAUCAAUUUUUGCAUCUCUUUAAAAUAUUCAUUUGGCACGCAACUGUUAGUUAUUAUUUUAUUUUUAGUUCUUGAAUUUUCCAAUUAAUUUAUUGAACAAAAUUUGUCUUUAUUUUUGUUUUCAGGCCAAAAUAAUGCAUUGUUUUGCCAAGAUUGAC